AAAUUAUGAGGGGCGGGAGCACAGCAGGAAGGUGACUGGAGCUCGCGGCAACGACACAAAACGCGCCAAAUUUCUUUGGCGGCGGUACAGUAUGAACAACGGAAAUAUAUAUUUGCAAUAAUAUUCUAUAUAACAGUGACACCGCGAAUUGUAUGUAAAUGCUUAAGGAGAUAUGACGUUUUAUCGUUGUUGGUAGGACAUUAGUGAUAUGCGAGCAGCUGAAAAUUCAUAAACUCGCGCUGAAAGUGUGUGAAGGCAGGUGACCGGUCGAGUUGUGUGCAGUGAAGCUGUUAUCUAACUAACUAACUAACGUUAGUUCUUCUUCUGUAUUUAGUGACUGAUUUGAGUCUUGAAGAUACUUGUCAGUUAUGGUUUUACAAAACAGUGGGCGAUAUAAAGCAGACCGAGGUGGAGAUCAGGACAACCAGCAGGAUGAUGCAUCAGCUUUGUCCGCUGUCAAGCGGCUGGAGCGCAGUCAGUUCACUGAUGGGAUGGAUGAGCGCUUUGGGUUUGAACGGAUGAAGGAGACUGGGGAGAAAACGGGAUGGCUGAUCAACAUGCACCCGACUGAGAUUCUGGAUGAUGACAAGCGGAUGAUCAGUGCUGUGGACUAUUACUUUAUACAGGAGGAUGGAAGCAGAUUCAAGGUUGCUCUUCCCUAUAAGCCGUAUUUCUACAUAGCCACUAAAAAGAACUGUGAAAGAGAGGUUAUCUCCUUCCUGUCAAAGAAGUUCCAGGGAAAAGUGGCGAAGCUUGAAGUUGUCCCAAAGGAAGAUUUAGAUCUGCCUAAUCACCUGGUGGGCCUGAAGAGGAAUUACAUCAAACUGUCUUUUAACACGGUGGACGACCUUGUUAAAGUGAAAAGGGAGAUCUCACCUGCUGUCCGCAAGAACAGAGAGCGAGAGAAGUCCAAUGACGCCUAUACCAGCAUGUUGUCCAGUGCUUUGGUUGGUGGGAGCGUGGUGACGGAGGAUGAGGAUGGCACAUCGAAGAAAAUGACUGAGCAGCUUGACAACAUCAUAGACAUGCGGGAAUAUGACGUGCCUUAUCAUGUCCGCGUUUCUAUUGACCUGAAGAUUCAUGUGGCUCACUGGUACAAUGUGCGGUACAGAGGAAGUGCCUAUCCUCCUGAGAUUGUGCGCAGGGAUGAUCUUGUGGAAAGACCUGAUCCGGUAGUGUUGGCGUUCGAUAUUGAGACCACUAAACUCCCUCUGAAGUUUCCUGAUGCUGAAACAGACCAGAUCAUGAUGAUAUCGUACAUGAUAGAUGGGCAGGGCUUCCUCAUCACAAACAGAGAAAUAGUCUCUGAGGACAUUGAGGACUUUGAGUUCACCCCAAAACCUGAAUACGAGGGCCCCUUCACUGUAUUUAAUGAACCUGAUGAGGCCUCUCUCAUUCAGAGAUGGUUUGAACACAUCCAUGAGACCAAGCCGAACAUUUUUGUCACUUACAAUGGAGAUUUCUUUGACUGGCCAUUUAUAGAGACCAGAGCGGCCCAACUUGGCCUAAGUAUGCAUCGGGAGAUCGGCUUCCAGAAGGACAAUCAGGGGGAAUAUAAAGCCAGCCAGGCUAUUCACAUGGACUGUCUCAGGUGGGUAAAGAGAGACAGUUACCUGCCUGUAGGAAGUCAUAACCUCAAGGCUGCAGCGAAAGCUAAGUUAGGCUAUGACCCUGUAGAGCUGGACCCAGAGGAGAUGUGUCGUAUGGCUACUGAAGAACCACAGACUCUGGCCACCUAUUCAGUGUCUGACGCUGUGGCCACAUACUACCUUUACAUGAAAUAUGUUCAUCCCUUCAUUUUUGCCCUCUGCACCAUAAUUCCUAUGGAACCCGAUGAGGUUUUGCGAAAAGGCUCCGGUACCCUGUGCGAAGCCUUGCUGAUGGUUCAGGCCUUCCAUGUCAACAUUGUUUUCCCAAACAAGCAGGAGCAGGUCUUUAACAAACUCACAGAUGAUGGUCAUGUACUUGAUUCUGAGACUUAUGUUGGUGGCCACGUCGAGGCUCUAGAGUCCGGUGUGUUUCGCAGUGAUAUCCCCUGCCGCUUUAAAAUGAAUCCAGCAGCCUUUGACUUCUUGCUUCAGAGGGUGGAACGCACUCUUCGUCAUGCAAUUGAGGAAGAGGAGAAGAUUCCCCUUGAGCAGGUCACCAACUUUAAUGAGGUGUGUGAUGAGAUCAAGAGGAAGCUGAUCUCUCUGAAGGAAGUUCCCAAUAGAAUUGAGUGUCCUCUUAUUUACCAUCUGGAUGUGGGGGCCAUGUACCCCAACAUCAUCCUCACCAACAGACUACAGCCCUAUGCCAUGGUGGAUGAGGCGACCUGUGCCGCCUGUGAUUUUAAUAAACCUGGUGCAAACUGUCAGCGCAGGAUGACUUGGCAGUGGAGAGGAGAGAUCAUGCCUGCCAGUAGAAGUGAGUUUCAUCGCAUUCAGCAACAAUUGGAGUCAGAGAAGUUUCCCCCUCUCUUUCCUAAUGGUCCACCUCGUGCUUUCCAUGAGCUCAACAGAGAAGAGCAGGCCCGGCAUGAGAAGAAGCGGUUGGGAGACUACUGUAGAAAAGCCUAUAAGAAGGUUCACCUGACCAGACUGGAGGAGAGAGUCACUACCAUUUGCCAGAGAGAGAACUCCUUUUAUGUUGACACGGUUCGAGCCUUCAGAGACCGUCGAUACGAGUUCAAAGGACUCCACAAGGUGUGGAAGAAGAAGCUGUCUACAGCGCAGGAUAACGGGGACGCAGCGGAGGUGAAGAGCUGCAAGAACAUGGAGAUUCUCUAUGAGUCUCUGCAGCUGGCGCACAAGUGCAUCCUCAACUCCUUCUAUGGAUAUGUCAUGAGAAAAGGAGCACGCUGGUACUCAAUGGAGAUGGCAGGGAUUGUCUGUUUCACCGGUGCCAACAUUAUCACACAGGCCAGAGAACUCAUUGAGCAGAUCGGGAGGCCUCUGGAGUUGGACACUGAUGGUAUCUGGUGUGUUCUUCCCAACACCUUUCCUGAGAACUUUGUCAUAAAAUCCACCAAUGAAAAGAAGCCAGAGGUGACCAUCAGUUAUCCAGGAGCCAUGCUGAAUAUCAUGGUCAAGGAGGGCUUCACGAAUCAUCAGUAUCAAGAGCUGGUGGACCCAGCAUCUCUAACAUAUGAGACCAGAGCUGAAAACAGCAUCUUCUUUGAAGUUGAUGGGCCAUACUUGGCUAUGAUCCUGCCUGCCUCCAAAGAAGAAGGAAAAAAACUAAAAAAGAGGUAUGCCGUGUUUAACGAGGACGGGUCGCUGGCUGAGCUGAAGGGCUUUGAGGUGAAGAGGAGAGGAGAACUUCAACUCAUUAAGAUCUUCCAGUCUUCUGUGUUUGAGGCCUUCCUAAAAGGCACAGCUCUAGAAGAGGUUUAUGCCUCUGUGGCUAAAGUGGCUGACUACUGGCUUGAUGUGCUCUAUAGCAAGGCUGCUAACAUGCCAGAUGCCGAGUUGUUUGAGCUGAUUUCCGAAAACCGUUCCAUGUCCCGUAAACUGGAAGAUUAUGGAGAACAGAAGUCCACCUCCAUCAGCACAGCCAAGCGUCUUGCCGAAUUCCUUGGAGAUCAGAUGGUGAAGGAUGCCGGCCUCAGCUGUCGCUAUGUCAUAUCUCGCAAACCGGAGGGCUCGCCAGUCACUGAAAGGGCGAUCCCUCUGGCAAUUUUUCAGGCUGAAGAGAGUGUUAAAAAGCAUUUUCUACGCAAGUGGCUGAAGAUGCCCAGUCUCUAUGAUCUUGAUAUUAGAUCUAUUCUGGACUGGGGUUACUACAUUGAGCGGUUGGGCAGUGCCAUACAGAAGAUCAUCACUAUCCCUGCAGCUCUACAGCAGGUGAAAAAUCCAGUACCCCGAGUACGGCAUCCAGACUGGCUGCAUAAGAAGCUUCUGGAAAAGAAUGAUAUCUACAAGCAGAAGAAGAUCAGUGAGCUCUUUACCAGUGAGGGAAAGAGACAGAUUGCAGAGACCAAUCACCCGGGUCUUUAUAAGCUGUGGGCGGUCAUUGGCAGUGACCUGCACUGCAUGAAACUCAACAUCCCACGAGUGUUUUAUGUCAAUCAGAAAGUGCCCAAGCAAGAAGAGGGAUCUAAUUGCAAAAAGGUGAACCGGAUACUUCCACGCUCUGGUGUGGUGUACUACCUGUACCAGUAUGCAGUUCCUGAGGACAUGUACCAGGAACACAUCAAUGAGAUCAAUGCUGACCUCUCAGCUCCUGAUAUUGAGGGUGUCUAUGAGACACAGGUUCCGUUGCUGUUCCGGGCUCUGGUCCAGCUGGGUUGCAUGUGUAUGGUCAAUAAACAGGUGGUCAGAGACCUGGCUGGCAGAGAGGCUGAUUCCUUCGACCUGGAGCACCUAGAGAUGAGAUCCCUGGCCCAGUUCAGCUACCUCGAGCCAGGCUGUGUAAGGCACAUCUACCUGUACCAUCACAGUCAAGGCCAUAAGGCUCUCUUUGGCCUCUUCAUACCAUCCCAACGCAAAGCCAGCAUCUUUGUUCUUGACACGGUACGCAGUAAUCAGAUGCCAAACCUUAGCUCGUUGUACGGAGCAGAGCGCACAGCACUCUUGGAGAAGACCACAGAGGAGCUUCUGCCACCUGAGAAACAUUUGUUUGAAGUGCGUGCUGAAAACGACGUCAAAGCCAUCUACCGCGCACUGCAGCGCAUUCUCCUCAACUACAAGGAGGAGCGGCGCGGUCCGACCCUGAUUGCCGUUCAGUCUAACUGGGAGCUGCGCCGUCUGGCAGCUGGCAUGACUGUACUAGAGGAAUUCCCGGUGGUGCCGGUUCAUGUUAUUGAUGAGAUAAGCUACAGUGUACUGGACUGGCAACGGCACGGAGCUCGCCGCAUGAUAAAACACUACCUGAACCUGGACAGCUGCCUCUCACAGGCUUUUGAUAUGGCCAGGUAUUAUCACCUGCCUGUGGGAAAUCUGCCUCAGGACAUUUCUAUAUUUGGAUCAGAUCUAUUUCUUGCACGUCAUCUGAGAAAGCACAACCACUUAUUGUGGCUGUCACCUACGGCACGGCCGGACCACGGGGGGAAAGAGGCUGAUGACAGCAGACUGGUGAUGGAGAGUGAUGAGAGAGGCUCCAUGGACAUCAAUAGCCAUGGCUGCUACUCCACAGUUUGUGUGGAGUUGGAUAUUCAGAGUUUGGCAGUGAACACCAUUCUACAGUCCCAGCAUGUUAACGAUAUGGAAGGCGGGGCCAGCAUGGGCGUCAGCUUUGAUGUCAUUCAGCAUGCAUCUCUGGAGGAAAUGAUGUCAGGGAAUCAGGGGGCAAAUGCAGUGGCCAGCUAUGAUGAGACGGCACUCUGCUCCAACACAUUCAGGAUUCUGAAGAGUAUGGUUGUUGGUUGGGUUCGAGAGAUUACGCAGUAUCAUAACAUCUACGCUGAUAACCAGGUGAUGCAUUUUUACCGGUGGUUGCGAUCACCCAGUUCUCUGCUGUACGACCCGGCCUUGCACCGCACCCUCCUCAACAUGAUGAAGAAGAUCUUCCUGCAACUUGUGGCAGAGUUUAAGCGCCUGGGAUCAUCUGUGAUCUAUGGAAACUUCAACCGACUCAUCCUCUGCACCAAGAAACGGCGCAUUGAUGACGCCAUUGCAUACGUGGAGUACAUCACUAACAGUAUCCAUUCAAAGGAGAUCUUCCACUCUCUGUCCAUCACAUUCUCACGCUGUUGGGAGUUUCUGCUGUGGAUGGAUCCAGCUAACUGUGGAGGAGUGAAGGGAAAGCUGCCCUCGAGCCUUCUGUAUGGAGAGCAUGACAAUGAAAAGAAGAAAAAGAAGAAUGGAGAAGAGGAUGGAAGUGAGGAUGAGGAUGAAGAUGAAGAAAACCAAGGGGAGGAUGAAGAACAGGAUGGGGAAGAGGAUGUAGAAGACUUGAUUGAAAGUAACUGGAACAUCAUGCAGUACCUUCCUCAAACAGCAUCCUGUCAGAAAUACUUUCUCAUGAUCAUUUCAGCCUACAUUGCAGCUGUCUAUCACAGCAUGAGACAAGAGCUUCGGCGAAACGCCCCUGGUGCUACUCCUAUUAAGAGACGAGGAGCGACCCAAGCGUCCCAGCAGCCAACUGGGGAUGUCAGUGCACUUCCUGGUUUGAUUACAUUCUCUCAGGAGUAUGUGUCAAGUGAACUCACACAGAACUUCUUCACCAUCACUCAGAAGAUUCAGAAGAUAGUGUCGAGCACUCGUAGUGUUACGCUCCCAUCUGAGAUGUUUCCUGUUCUUCCUGGUUCUCACUUGCCCCUCAACAACCCUGCUCUGGAGUUUAUUAAAUACGUCUGUCAGGUGCUCUCUCUGGACGCCAACAUUGUCAAUCAGGUGAACAAACUGAAGCGAGAUCUUUUGCGAUUGGUGGAUGUUGGAGAAUUCUCAGAGGACGCCCAGUUCCGUGACCCCUGCAAGUCCUACGUCCUGCCCGAGGUCAUCUGCCACCACUGUAACUUCUGUCGUGAUCUUGACCUCUGCAAAGACCCUGCAGUUUCCCAGGAUGGUUCAGUUCUUCCUCAGUGGUUCUGCUCUAACUGUCAGGCCCAGUACGACACAGAGUCCAUAGAAAUGGCCCUGGUGGAGGCGCUCCAGAAGAAGCUCAUGAGUUACACACUACAAGACCUGGAAUGUGCCAAAUGCAAAGGAGUGAAGGAAGCUAACAUGCUGCUGUACUGUAACUGUGCUGGAGAUUUCAACCUCAGCUUCACCACAAAGAGCUUCACUGAACAGGUGGAAGUAUUCCGGAACAUUGCCGCCCACUAUAACAUGAACUUCCUGCUAGAGACCAUUGACUGGGUGCUUAGUAUGAACGCAUAGAUGCUUUUCCACCCGAUACGCUCCAUCAUUUGUGCCAAACUAAGUGUGUGUGAGCCAUUUGUACAGAUCUGAAUUCUUAUGAAAUGUGUGUACACUAUCACAGUGGAAAAAUGUUGGUACCGGA